AUGUUUUGAAAGUUGAUCGCCGCGCAUGCGCAGUAAAGCUGGUGGGGAUGAACUAUGGUCGAUGUGGGGCAGCCCCUGGAAUAGUGUUUUUGUGUAUUGUGUACCAUAGGAACUUUAGGAUAAGAGUGGAAACAGAGAAGGAAGUGUGGAAGUAAAUUUUGGGUAUUGAUCAAGCCAAGAGAAGUACAAAAUGGUUAACGAUGCUAUGUUUUAUCGAGGACUCAUAGCCCUUGCUAUGGGACUCGGAGUUGCACUAGGUGCUGUUUCAUUUUUUAUUAUAGAACAGUUCUCAACGAAAAGAAGAUUAGCUGUAGAACAUGAUGUACAUAGGUUAGCAACCGAUAUUGACGACUUAAGGUACGAAGUUCAACAGCUUCGAGAAGCAGGAGGCAAGAAAAACAAAUCAGGAAAGCGUAACGCACGAAGUAUUUCAAGUAGAAGUACCACAAGUGAUGGAACGUCUGAUGUCGAGCUUUUAUCCGCGAUUGGAUCCACAGAAGAUGACGAGGAGUUCUUUGAUUUUUCUGACAACGAAAGUGAAACUGGAGAUUCUGAGCUGACAAACCUCCUCCGUGAAGUGGACGGUUUGCUGAGGGGCAGUGCUGAUCAACAACAGACGGCAUUUUAUUUGUUGGAACAACAUUACAACCAAUACUCCGAGGAACCCGAGGUACUGUGGCGGCUCGCGCAGGCAUCGCACGCCCUGACAGCAACUAUGGAGGAUGCAGUAACUCCUGAAAGGAAGAAAUCCAUUAUACAGAAGGGUUGUGAGCAUGCAGAACGGGCAGUGAAGCUCAACCCAUCUAGUUACGAGGCACACAAAUGGUACGCCAUCAAUGUCGGUACCCGGGGACAGUUGUCGGGCCUCAAGGAAAAGAUCUCCGAUGGUAUUCUUUUCAAGAAACACGUUGAUGAAGCACUAAAACUGAAGCCAAAUGAUGGUUCAUUGCAUCAUCUCUUAGGGAGAUUCAACUUUGAGGUAGCAUCCCGCCCGUGGAUGGAGCGUUCGAUGGCUUCGACUUUGUUUGGCCUGCCAUCUGUGUCGAUUGAAGAUGCUCUUGAGCAUUUCUUGAAGGCCGAAAGACUGACAAGAACACCAUGGAAGGAGAAUCGUCUCUUUAUUGCUCGGUGUCAUGAUGCACUUGGAAACACUCCAGCAACAGUUGAGUGGUUGGAGAAGGCGGAUGUUGUUGAAAGCAUCACAUUGGGUGAUGAAGAUGCAGAGAAAGCACUACAUGACCUUUCAGUUAAAUAUGAGUCACAUCUAAGGAAUAGAAGGAAACAGGAGUAAGUUAUGCUUUGCUACAGUGCAGAUGAAAGCCCUGUGAAGCUCCUGUUAUAAUGCCUUACAGGAAAGGCAUUCAAUUCAUUCCAUUUGUGUCUUAUGGAAAAGGGCAGGAGGCAAAACCUACUUUAUGGACAGUGGUGGUUGCCCUUCAUUCGUAUUAGUCUUAAAGUGACGUAUUUCAAGAAGAUAUGUUAGUGAUUUUGUCUCUGUGAUAUUUGUGUGGUGUCCAAAUCUGUGAUUGUGCAUUGUACUAUUUAUGAAGAAUGAUCUGUAGCAUGUUACAAAAAUAUGAUUAACGUCAGAAGUU